AUGCUGCGACUUGUGGUGGAAUCAGCCAAAAUUAACCCGCCACUCAGCCCUCCACCCAAACCCUGCCUGACUGUCUCCUUCAGAGAUAUACAGAAGAGAACUCAUGUGGCAGAAGGGAAUGAUCCCACAUGGAACGAGACUCUAAUCUGGCACCUCUGGAACCGCCCCUUGGAAAAGGACGCCUUCCUACAAGUCAUCCUUGAGGAUAUGGGCUCAAAAAAGAAAGAAAGGUUCAUUGGCUUGGCCACUGUACUGCUCAAGAAGUUGGUGAAAAAACCGAAAAAGGUGCUUUUAGUAAAGGACCUGGCCCUGCUCAACCAUUCCAUGAUGCGCACAGACUGUACUGUCACCCUACAGGUGGCCUAUAUAAGCCGCCAAGACAUCAAGAAGACAGGCACUGAAGACUUCUUGGGCAUCACUACAAAACAGGUUCCUCUGCAGAAGCUGGUCGUCCCCGAGCCCACCAUGCCCAGGGCUCUGUCCUCUAAGCCUCAGCACUUUCAGGUUCGGCUGAAGGUGUUUGAAGCUCGACAGCUCAUGGGCAACAACAUCAAGCCAGUGGUAAAGGUGACCAUUGCAGGCCAGCACUACUGUACACGAAUCAAGAUGGGAAACAACCCUUUCUUCAAUGAGAUCUUCUUCCAGAAUUUCUAUGAAGUUCCUGCAAAGUUCUUCGAGGAGACCAUUUCAAUCCAGGUGGUGAACUCCUCGCUGGCGAGAAACAAAGCAGAGAUCGGGAGAUUCCAAACAGACAUUGGGUUUAUCUACCAUUCUCCAGGUCACACUCUCCUAAGGACUUGGUUGGGCCUCUGCCAGCCAGAUAAACCCAGCAAUGGUGUGAGAGGCUACCUGAAAGUCACCAUCUGUGCCCUCAGUGUGGGAGACCAGGCCCUGGUAGAUCAAAAGCUGCUCUAUGGGGCUGACACUGAUAUCCAGAUCUUAAAGUCAACAGCAGUCCCCGUCACCAUGGCUUAUUUACAGUUCUUCAUCUACUGUGCAGAAGACCUUCAUUUCAGGCAACAUCAGCCAGUGAAUCCUGCGUUGGAAGUGGAACUAAUUGGGGAAAAGCUCAGGACACAAGUACAGAACCAAACCGAAAACCCAAUAUGGAACCAGAUCCUGACCUUCCAGAUCCAGUUGCCCUGCCUUUCCAGCUACAUCAAGUUCAGAGUCUUGAACUGCUCCAGACCUGACUGCAGGGAUGAGAUUGGAACUGUCAGCCUGUGCCUCAACCAGAUCUCAUCCACUGGUGAAGAAAUCGAAGGGAUAUACUCAGGCUUCCUGCCCUGCUUUGGGCCCAGCUUCCUGACUCUGCAUGGGGGUAAAAAGGCCCCUUUCAGGAUCCAAGAAGAAAGCACUUGUAUUCUCGAUGCUGUUAAGGAUGGUUUAGCUUAUCGAGGCCGAGUCUUCUUGGAGCUAAUCACCAAAAUCAAAUCCUAUCAGGACACUAUGAUAAAGGACCUCUCCCAUGAAGUGAUCAAAAUAGAGAAACAGCAGAACCGCCAAAAGUACGGGCUGUGCGUCAUCUUCCUCUCCUGUACCAUGAUGCCCAACUUUAAGGACCUGAUCCAAUUCGAGGUCAGCAUGGGCCACUAUGGAAACAAGAUGGACCUGAAUUACAAGCCUCUCGUCUCAACUACACAGUACAGCCCAGUGAUAUAUGACGGAAACAUCUAUCAUUAUGUACCCUGGUACAACAUAAAGCCCGUGGUGACUGUGACUUCUAACUGGGAGGACAUAAGCUUCCGCAUGAAUUGCCUCAACCUUCUUCAUGUCACUCGGGACCGCCUGAAAGCCAACCUGGACACCCUGAAGUCCAUGCGGAAUCCGAGGGACCCAGCUGUACUCCAGCAGUGGGAGAAGCUGCUGAGGGAGUUGGUGGAGGACUGCAAGCGCCCUCUGCCUUGCAUGACCAGUCAUCCGGAAGCCACCAACUUGGACAGGAAGAAGUGGCAGCUUCGCAGCCUCCUCCUGCAGGAGCUAGCAGAAGGAGCCAAGGAAGCCAAGCCCAGGAACAUGGUGGCCACAGUGGAGGCCUGGCUGCGCCGCCUCAAUGCUGUACUCCCCGAGCCCCAGAUGAACUUCCCCGAUGUGAUGAUUUGGCUGAUGGCCAAGGAGCAGCGAGUGGCCUUUGCUCGGGUGCCUGCCCACACUAUCCUCUACUCCCCGGCUGGGGCCCUGCACUCUGGCAAGUUCUGUGGAAAGAUUCAGAGCCUCCUCUUGCAGUACCCGGAAGGUGAAGGACAGAAGGACACGCUCCCAGCCCACCUUCGGGUCUGCAUGUGGUUCGGCAAUGUCAAAGACAGCAAGCGUCUGCACCUGCUCCAUCAGGGCCACAUGGUGGUGUAUGCAGAGACGUAUGAGAAUCAGGCCAAGUAUAAAGACCAGUGGGGGCAACAGGGAUUGUAUCGCUGCCCUAACUUCUCAGAUGUCAUGGGACACAAGACCCUUCCCAAGACAGAUUUCAAGGUACCUUCCGGAUGGCAUUGGCAGGACAAGUGGAAAGUGGAACCUCAGAGGAGACUCCUGCUGGACAUAGAUAUCAAUAAGAGCCAGGUGCUGGAGGAGGUAUAUGAGAACCAGGAUCGUGAUGCCACAGGAGCCUGGGUGCCCGCAGCCAUCCCCAAUACGGAUGUGAAUGGACAGCCCAUGGAGGCCAUGGAGAAUGUGAAGUGCCCCCAAGGCUGGCACUUCAAGAAGAAUUGGAUUGUGGAACUCAAUCAUGCAGUAGACAAUGAGGGCUGGGAGUACGGAGUGGGGAUCCCACCUUCAGGCCUGCCCCAGACCUGGAAUCCGGUGGAGAAGACCUACCACUCGUGCCGCCGCCGGCGCUGGGUGCGCGUGCGCUUCCGCACCCACGGGGAGCCGGGCCGCGAGCAGGAGACCCUCUCCUUCCUGCAGGCGGGCCUGGCCAAGGAGGGAGAGGAAGGCUGGGAGUACAGCACCUUGGGCUCCAAGUUCUACCUGGACCCUCAGCCCCAGAGCCGCUUCCGCCGCCGCUGCUGGCACCGAAGGCUAGCGCCCAAUAAGGACAAGGGUGUUGCACCCAUAUUUCUCCUGGAGGGAUCCUUGGCAGUGCAGCUGAAAGAGCACGCCGAGAAGGAGAAGGAAGAGGACAAGAUUCCGCCAUGGAAUCCGUUCAAGGAGUGGAAAGCUGCUCUGGAGGACACCCGGCCCCCCACCAUGCCCUUCAUCUACUGCACCCUCAACAAGCCCCACUACUACCAGCUCUUCUGCUACAUCUACCAAGUCCGGAACCUGAUGUCCAACCAGAUCUUGACAUUCCGGGGGCCCUUUGUUCGGGUGAUCUUCUUGAACCACAGUCUGUGUACCCAGACCCUGAGAAACUCUACAGCUCCAACGUGGGCCCAGACCCUCAUCUUCCAGCACCUCCUGCUGUUUGAAAACCCCCAGGACACCAAAAAGAGCCCCCCGCUUGUGGUGUUGGAACUGUGGCAGCAUGACUCCCAGGGAAAGGAGAUCUUAUGGGGAAGGAGCAUGUGGCCCCCAGUGGUCUGGCUGGACGUUCAAAACUGGAUUCUGCCCCCACUCAGGUGGCACCCCCUUGUAAAAGGCAUGGGGGAGGAAGAGGGUGAGAUCUUGGCCUCCUGCGACCUCAUCCUUGAGACUAAGAACCUGAGAGAGAAUCACCUGCCAAUCCUUGGUGUUCCCUGGAAGAAUGGGAUCUACACACUGCCCAAGAGUAUCCAGCCCACACUAAAGAAGAUGGUCAUUGAGAUUCUGGCCUGGGGGCUUCGGAAUAUGAAGGUACGCUAUCCACAGCUUUUGGUGGAAUGUGGGGAGGAGUCCCUGAGGACAGAACCCAUCAGUGACUUCCAGACCAACCCCAACUUCCCAGAGUCUGACCUUUUCCUCACAGCGUUCAUACCAAUGGAGGAGGCCUAUGCGAUGCCCCUUGUGGUGAAAGUGGUAGAUGACCAAGACUAUGGCCAGCAGACUGUGGUGGGUCAAGCCAGCAUUGACUUCCUCCAGCCCUAUUUCUGUGACCCUUGGGCUCAGGACUACAUGCCCCCGCGGCUUCCAACGCUGUCUGUGAAGAAGCCUCAGAGCUUUUUAGGGCACAUCUACGAAAAGUUCUGGUUCAAGGCCAGCCAAGCUGAGGAUGAAUAUGAGCACGAGGUGGACUGGUGGAGCAAGCUAUUCUGGGCUACAGGCAAUGAUGACAAGUCCUUGAACUACAAAUACAAAAGCUACCACACCCUACAGGUGUAUGACUGUGAGCUGGAGGCUGUUCCGGCCUUCCAAGGCCUGCAAGAUUUCUGUCAGACCUUCAAACUCUACCAGGAGCAGCCCCAAGUGGACAGCCCUGUGGUAGGGGAGUUCAAGGGUAACUUCCGCAUCUACCCUGUUCCUGAGGACCCAGAGCUCCCCAGGCCCCCACGCCAGUUUUUGGUUUCUUCUGAAUAUGAGGACUUCCCUCAGUUGUGCUUGGUACGGGUGUACAUAGUGAGAGCCAUCAACCUGCAGCCACAGGACUACAAUGGCCUGUGUGACCCUUACGUGAUCCUGAAGCUGGGGCAGACAAAGCUUGGCAGUCGGGACUCGUACCACCCCAACACUCUGGAUCCCAUCUUUGGCAUGAUGUUUGAGAUCACCUGCAAUAUCCCUCUGGAAAAAGAUCUGCAGAUCCAGCUAUAUGACUUUGAUCUGCUUUCAUCUGAUGAUGAAAUUGGAACUACAGUUAUUGACCUUGAAAACCGACUUCUGUCUGGCUUUGGAGCCCGCUGUGGGCUCUCCAGAUCCUAUUUCCAGUCGGGGCCCUUUAGGUGGCGGGAUCAGAUGACUCCAAGCUAUCUGCUAGAACGCUAUGCCAAGCGGAAAGGACUGCCUCCACCUGUGUUCAACCUUGAGGAAGACUCUGUCCUUUACAAUGGGAAGAAAUUCAAGCUGCAAGACUUUGAGACCAAAACCCCUACGGUUCAUGGUUUGGGACACAAGAAGGAACGCCUGGCACUGUACAUCCUGCAUGCCCAGGGGCUGGUACCUGAGCAUGUGGAAACCCGCACACUGUACAGUGACAGCCAGCCAGGCAUCGACCAGGGUAAGGUACAAAUGUGGGUGGACAUCUUCCCCAAGAAGCUGGGACCUCCUGGCCCCCGAGUCAACAUCAGCCCCAGAAAACCUAAAAGGUACGAGCUGCGGUGCAUCAUCUGGAACACUGCCCAAGUGGACCUGGUACAUGAGACUUUAAGUAGAGAGAAGACAAGUGACAUCUACAUCAAAGGGUGGCUAUUUGGCCUAGAGAAGGACAUGCAGAAGACAGAUAUCCACUAUCACUCCCUGACUGGAGAAGCCAACUUCAACUGGAGGUUCAUCUUUACCAUGGACUACCUGGCAGCAGAGCAUAUGUGUGUACAGAGCCAGAAGGACUACAUAUGGAGCCUGGACCCCACGUCGAUGAAAUUUCCGGCCAGGCUCAUUAUCCAGAUCUGGGACAAUGACAUUUUCUCCAGUGACGACUUCCUAGGGGUCCUGGAGCUUGAUUUAUCCGACAUGCCCCUUCCGGCUCGGUAUGCCAGGCAGUGCUCCCUCACAAUGAUGGACCAUGACCCCAAGUGGCCCUACCUCCAAAACAAGCAUGUCUCCCUCUUUAAGAAGAAGACCAUAACUGGAUGGUGGCCUUGCCAGGUCCAUGAUGGUGACAAGUGGCGUUUGUCGGGUAAAGUAAAGAUGACUCUGGAGAUGCUGUCAGAGAAGGAAGCCUUAAUCAAGCCAGCUGGACGAGGCCAGUCAGAACCCAACCAAUACCCUACACUUCAUCCUCCCCUGCGUAACAACCCCGCUUUCAUGUGGUUGCGAUCACCUAUUAAAAACUUCUGCUAUGUUUUCUGCAAACGCUACCGCUUCAGAAUCAUAUGUACCUUCGUCAUAUUGGUUAUAAUGUUUACACUGUUCAGCUUUAUCUACUCGGCUCCGAACUAUUUGGCCAUGAGCUGGAUCAAACCUGAACUUCGACUGCACCCUCCCAUUAAAAUAUUCAACCUCAUCAGUUCACUGAAUACCAGCAAUGCCAACUCUUCCAUCCUUGACACCCAGACUUCAGACCUAGAGCCUGUAAGAGACCAUGAGCCCAUACUCCUCAAGGGAUUCAAGAAUUACCUCAAUGGUGUCUUCCCAGAACUUCCAGCUCAAAACUAA